AGAGCCGCUGGCGCCCCGCCCCGCCCCGCCCCGCCCCGCCCCCUCUGCCCGCGCUCGCCGGCCCAGGUUACCUGAGGCCGGUGGGCGGGGCGGCCCUUCCCGUCUGCGCCUGCCCCCAGCCUCCAGGGCGGCGGAGUCGGGAAGUGGGAGAGGGAGCGAAGGAGGCGGGGACUGCCGAGGCUCCAGCCCAGCCGGGCUCCGAGGCGAGAGGCUGCAUGGAGCGGCCGGCGCGGCUCUGCGGGCUGUGGGCGCUGCUGCUUUGCGCAGUCGGCAGGGGUGGGGGCGCCGCGCCCACGGAAACUCAACCACCUGUGACAAAUUUGAGUGUCUCUGUUGAAAACCUCUGCACAGUAGUAUGGACGUGGAAUCCACCAGAGGGAGCCAGCCCAAAUUGUAGUCUAUGGUAUUUUAGUCAUUUUGGCGACAAGCAGGAUAAGAAAAUAGCUCCAGAAACUCAUCGUUCAAAAGAAGUGCCCUUGAAUGAGAAGAUUUGUCUGCAAGUGGGAUCCCAGUGUAGCACCAAUGAAAGUGAGAAGCCUAGCAUUUUGGUUGAAAAAUGCAUCUCACCCCCAGAAGGCGAUCCUGAGUCUGCUGUGACUGAGCUUCAAUGUGUUUGGCACAACCUGAGCUACAUGAAGUGUUCAUGGCUCCCUGGAAGGAAUGCCAGUCCUGACACGAACUAUACUCUCUACUAUUGGCACAGCAACCUGGAAAAAAUUCAUCAAUGUGAAAAGAUCUAUAAAGAUAACCAAUACUUUGGUUGUUCCUUUGAUCUGACCAAAGUGAAGGAUUCCAGUUUUGAAAAAAACAGUGUCCAAAUAAUGGUCAAGGAUAAUGCAGGAAAAAUUAGACCAUCCUUCAAAAUAGUACCUUUAACUUCCCGUGUGAAACCUGAUCCUCCACAUAUUAAAAAGCUCUUCUUCCAUAAUGGUAACCUGUAUGUGCAAUGGGAGGAUCCACAGAAUUUUAUUAGCAGAUGCUUAUCUUAUGAAGUACAAGUCAAUAACAGCCAAACUGAGACACUUGUUUUCAACGUUAAGGAUGAAGCUAAAUGUCAGAAUCCAGAAUUUGAGAGAAAUAUGGAGAAUACAUCUUGUUUCAUGGUUCCUGGUGUUCUUCCUGAUACUUCGAGUGCAGUCAGAAUAAGAGUCAAAACAAAUGAAUUUUGCUAUGAGGAUGACAAACUCUGGAGUAAUUGGAGCCAAGAAAUGACCAUAGGUAAGAAGCGCAAUUCCACCCUCUACAUAACCAUGUUACUCAUCGUUCCAGUCAUCGUUGCAGGUGCAAUCAUAGUACUGCUGGUUUACCUAAAGAGGCUCAAGAUCAUUAUAUUCCCUCCAAUUCCUGAUCCUGGCAAGAUUUUUAAAGAAAUGUUUGGAGACCAGAAUGAUGAUACUCUGCACUGGAAGAAGUACGACAUCUAUGAGAAGCAAACCAAGGAAGAAACCGACUCUGUAGUGCUGAUAGAAAACCUGAAGAAAGCGUCUCAGUGAUGGAGAUAAUUUAUUUUUUACCUUCAAUGUGACCUUGUGAAGAUUCUUCCCAUUCUCCAUUUGUUAUCUGGGGACUUAUUAAAUGGAAACUGAAACUACUGCACCAUUUAAAAACAGGCAGCUCAUAAGAGCCAUAGGUCUUUAUGUUGAGUCGUGCACCGAAAAACUAAAAAUAAUGGGCCCUUUGGAGAAGAGCGUGGAGUCAUUCUCAUUGAAUUAUAAAAACCUGCAGGCUUCAAACUAGGGGACAAAGCAAAAAAUGAUGAAAGCAGUAGAGUUAAUCUUAUCAAGAGUUGUGACAACUUCCUAAGGGAUCAAUACUUUGUGUAAUUUGUAGGGGAACUCAUUUUGGGUGCAAAUGCUAAUGUCAAACUUGAGUCACAAAGAACAUGUAGCAAACAAAAUUGAUACAAUCUAAUAUCUAUUGUCUGGGAUCCCAUUGAACCAUGUGUGUGGCUGUUAAAACUCUUUUAAC